CUAACAUGUGUAUGUCAAAUUAUUCAUCUGAGAUUCAAAAUCAUUGAAACUAUGAGGUCAUAUGGCAUUUUUCUGAGUUUCUGUAUCUGCACUCUCUUGUUAGGACAACCUUUCUCUGAAACAGACACGCUACUGAAGGGGCAGUUCCUGAAAGAUGAGCAAGAACUGGUUUCAGCUUUCAGGAUCUUCAAACUGGGGUUCUUCAGCCCGGGGAAAUCAGGAAAAUGGUAUCUUGGGAUUUGGUACAAUAAUGUUUAUCUUAAUGGUAAUAGCACCUUUGGUGAUCUCAGGGACAGAGUUGUCUGGAUUGCGAACCGGAACGAUCCAAUUUCUAAUCACUCUGGAAGCCUCAUCAUUGACUCUCUUGGCAAGUUGAAGAUUCUACGAGGAGCUGUGGACCCGGUUGAGCUAAGUUCUACUGAAACAACAGGCAACACAACUCUAAAGAUGCUGGAUUCUGGAAAUCUUCAGCUCCAAGAGAUGGAUUCAGAUGGGUCGGUGAAAAGAAUUCUGUGGCAGAGUUUUGAUUAUCCGACAGAUACACUUCUUCCGGGGAUGAAACUGGGGUUCAACGUUAGAACCGGGAAGAUAUGGGAACUGACGUCAUGGCUAGAAAAGGAUUUACCAGCCUCUGGAUCUUUUACCUUUGGAAUGGAUCCUAAUGUUACAAACCGAUUGAUCUCUUUGUGGCGCGGAAACCUCUAUUGGGCAAGUGGCCUCUGGUUCAAGGGUCUCUUUUCCUUGCAGGGAAAUUGGGAAAACCGCAAUUUCGUCUUCUCCUUUGUUUCAACCGAGAGUGAAGAAAGCUUUUUGUACUCAGCUCAUCUUUAUGGCGCUACAUCAUUUCCCAGGAUAAUGAUAGACAAUCAGGGUGUCUUGCAGAUUAUCAGUCUUCAUGGAGAGGAAAGUCACGUCGAUUGUUCUCCUUUUGCUAAGGAUGAAGCAAAAUAUCAGUGCUAUAGAGAGAGGCAGUAUAAUAAUACCUACAGAAAAAGUACAGUGUAUCAGUUUGGAUGUUCUGGGCAAGAGUUCCCAGAGUGUUUGGGUCUCUGUAACUUUUUCACUGAGACAGAAGCCCCUUUCUCAAGCAAAGGGUUUCAGCUUAGCGAGACUGGUGGAAGGGUAAGUUCAUAUGACUGCUAUAAUGCAUGUGUUCAUAACUGUUCUUGUCUCGCUUAUGCUUCUGUCAACGCUGAUGGUACCGGGUGUGAGAUUUGGGGUAUUGAUCCUACCAGCAGCAGCUCAUCUUCUUAUAGUCCAAGAACUAUAUAUAUCCGUUUUUCAAUAAGAGCAUAUGCAGAAGACAAAAAGGAGGGUUGGCUAAUUGCUCUGGGAUCGAUUGUUCUAAUGAUACCUGUGUUUUGCUUGUUCAUCUAUCUUGUUCUGAGAAACUUUAAACUAAAAGUAACGGUUAUCUUCCGUCAUAUGGUCAGCUUUCUGCGGGUAAUACUCAUUCCACAGAUGGUCCAUAUCUUUUUCUCGAUGGUCCAUUUCAUACAGAGGAAGCUUGAAACACGAACUGGUAAUUUGAUGAUAGACCAAGAAAUGCUACUACGUGAAUUAGGAAUCGAUAGGAGACGUAGGAACAGGAGAAUCACAAGGAAGAAUAACGAGUUGCAGAUUUUUAGCUUCGAAAGUGUAGCCUUGGCCACAGAUUACUUCUCCGAUGCAAACAAGCUUGGGGAAGGAGGUUUUGGGCCUGUUUAUAAGGGGAUGUUAGAAGAAGGGCAAGAAGUAGCUAUCAAGAGAUUGUCGACAGGUUCAGGACAAGGACUAGCGGAGUUCAAGAACGAAGCCAUGCUUAUCGCAAAGCUUCAACACACAAAUCUUGUUCAGCUGUUGGGAUGCUGCAUAGAUAAGGGGGAGAAGAUGUUGAUUUACGAGUACAUGCCAAACAAGAGCCUCGACUACUUCCUCUUUGACUCCUUGAGAAGGAAUCUUCUGGACUGGACGAUACGGUUCAAUAUCAUGGAAGGGACAAUUCAAGGGCUUUUGUAUCUUCACAAGUACUCGAGAUUGAAAGUGAUACACAGAGACAUCAAAGCCAGCAAUAUCUUGCUCGACGAGAGGAUGAAUCCCAAGAUAUCGGAUUUUGGAAUGGCUCGGAUAUUUGGAGCUCAAGAGUCCAGAGCCAUCACUAGCCGAGUUGCCGGAACUUUUGGCUACAUGUCACCUGAGUACGUUCGAGAAGGGAUGUUCUCUACCAAAUCAGACAUUUACAGUCUCGGAGUUCUAAUGCUCGAGAUGGUGAGCGGGAGGAAGAAUAACAGCUUUCAUGACACAGAAAGACCCAUCAACCUCGUAUCUCAUUCGUGGAAUCUGUGGAGAGAGAAUAGGGUUUCGGAGCUAAUAGACCCAUCAUUGGGAGAUUCAUCAUCGUACGAGGAUCCGAAUCCGCAAGUGCUUAGAUGUGUCCAAAUUGCUCUGUUGUGUGUUCAAGAGAAUGCAGAGGAUAGGCCUUCGAUGAUGGAGGUUGUGUCUAUGAUAUAUAGCGACGGCAAUGCUUUGCCUUUGCCGAGAGAGCCUGCUUUCUACGACUCUCUCCGGAGAAUCUCGCCGGAGAUAGAGAACGAGCCGCCGGCGCCGGAAAGUUUGGCGACGAACAGAGUUACUAUCACGGAGAUGGAAGCAAGGUGAGUUUGGAAACGCGAUGGUAAGAAAUAUGAUUCCCAAGUUUUUUUUAACUUCCGUGUUUUAUAGCUGUUGUAUGAAUUGGAAACUUUAAAAAUGUCAUUAAUAUUCAAAACUUGUUAUUGGAUUG